AUGGCGCGGCUGGCCGUCUGUCCGUCCGUCCUCCGCUCCGCCCUGCGGGGCCCGGCCAGUGGGGGGCGGGCUGCGCCCCCAGCCUGCCUUCCCCUGCGCUCGCAGACCCUCCGCGCCGCCAGCGAGAAGGCAGCUCCAAAACAAAAACGCGAUUCCGGGAGGUGGCGUCCCGAGGAAGGAGGGGAUCGCCAAAGGGGAGGUGAGGGGUGGGGAGAGGGAGGAGGGAGGGGGAAGCAGGCUGGAGAAUCGGGCAAACUCCGCUGCACUUCCGUGCGCCCCGGCGGGGCAGGGACGGCCAGCUCCGCCCUCCCGCGGGCCCGGGGCGCAGCAGCCGAGCCCCCGCCUACUCCUCCGCGCGGCUUCCCAUCUGGCCAGUGCCCUCGCUCAGUCCCGGAGGCAAGAGGGAGGAAACGACCCGGGAACGAGGGAGCCCGAGAGCCUCCGGGGCUGGUCUCUGGGACCGCCACCUCCCCUGCUCUCCCUCCGUCUGUCUGCCCUCGCCGGGAGACACCUCACGCCCCCGUGGUUGGAGCGCCCGGCGGUGGAGCUUGCCAGCCACUGCUGCCUCGCUUCCUGGACUCCGUCAUCCUCCUGCCUUUUCCUCACUUAUUGCAGAUUAACUGGUACAAGGUAGUUCUGCUAAAGAUGGAUACCUUUGGCUGUUUUGAGGGACAUGGUUCCCAGACCUCUGGCCCCAAAACCCAGUUUCACUGGUUGAAUCUGCCCCUUCCUCCUUCCUCCUCCUCUUGCUCCUGGGCCACUGGGUUUUCAAAUAUCCGGAAAAUCCAAGAGGGGCAAGGAGAAAAGCAGCAGCCGCCUGAAUCGAGUCCAAGGGUGGAUGUGUCCGGCUUCACAACGAGCCAGGCCGGGAAAACAAGGACUGAGGCUUACACAACAGGCCGCCAACUCUUCGACCCCGGCUGCGCAGCCAGAGCCCCCGCCGGCUCGGGCGCCCUCUCCCCGCCCCAGAAGUGGCCAGUCCCAACCCCGGAGGAAGGAGGGGGCGCGACAAGGCGGUCGGGCGACUUCUGGCCAGACUACACGCGCUACAACCAGCUGAGCCGUGCGGUCCGUGAACUGGCGCGGCGCCUGCGCGACCUGCCCGAACGCGACCAGUUCCGCGUGCGCGCUUCGGCCGCGCUGCUGGACAAGCUGUAUGCUCUCGGCCUGGUGCCCACGCGCGGUUCGCUAGAACUCUGCGACUUCGUCACGGCCUCGUCCUUUUGCCGCCGCCGCCUUCCCACCGUGCUCCUCAAGCUGCGCAUGGCGCAGCACCUUCAGGCUGCCGUAGCCUUUGUGGAGCAAGGGCACGUACGCGUGGGCCCUGAUGUGGUUACCGACCCCGCCUUCCUUGUCACGCGCAGCAUGGAGGACUUUGUCACUUGGGUGGACUCGUCCAAGAUCAAGCGGCACGUGCUGGAGUACAAUGAGGAGCGCGAUGACUUCGAUCUGGAAGCCUAGCGGAUCUUCCACUUUCCAUGGCUGUCUUUUACAGAUGGGAAAACUGAGGCCUGAUUCUGGAGAUUCUAUGAGGGUGCUUUCCCCAAGGGUGUCAGAUGGUCGUAGGUUCUUAAGAACUUGAUUCAUCAGUGGCAGGCCUUGCAUAGAGCCACGGGAGGUGCGUCCUUGUUUUCCAGGAAAAGUUCUUAGAACUUGGACUACUGAUUAUUAAUUGACUCUGCCUUGGAAAGCAGUGGGAAGUAAGUUGGUGCUGCACUGGGGUAUUGUUGGCUUCUUGUGUUGGAAACUUUGUAAUCUAAAAGGAAAAACCGCAAAUCCCUACGCCCUGUUUCCCUUUAUCUAGUCUUGUAGUUGGACUGGUUCAAUUCGUUUAACUCCAAUUCUUGCUCCUGGCCGUGGUUAAGCUGUGUACAGAUGAUGGAGAGUUUGGCCUUAAGUUUUUAUAAACUGAGCGAGACUAGUGUUCAGGAUCUCCUCCCUUGUUUAAAUGCCAAUAAAUGCCCCAACUGCUUUGUAAGUGCAACUU